CGGGUGGAGGGUAGGUGAAUCGGCGAUGAACGCGGUGGUCAAGGUGGGUGCGCCAUUCAGAAGAGAACUCUGCACAUGCAGUCGGGGCCUCUUGAAGUGCCGACAGAGUGUUUUACUGAAGGGAAGGAGAAAAAGCGGGGGAGGAGGAGGUAGCCGAGGAAACGAAGCAGAGAGUAAGGAGGGAGUUUAGAGACCGAAAGAAUCAAAGCACCAGGAGAAGACUAUCAGAUGCGGCGAGGCAUGAAGUAGCGAGCUGGAAGCUCUGCCGGAGCUCUCAUAGAACGAAGCGGAAAUGAUCCGACCGAUUGGAGGCCAUGUCCAACUGAAGCCUCCACCAAAGAACCCCAGGUACAGACGGGUGAAGGCUACAAUUGACAGCGGUUGCAAUGUGCUGAAGGUGCAAGACAAGGUGGAUGAGAUGAAAAACAAUGUGCGCUUCAGGAGGGAGGAGUAUUUUCAGCGCCUAAAGCCAGCAGGGCUUUUAAAAUUGAUGGAGGAGGGACAGGUUGAUUUCUUGUUGCUGGAUGUUCGAGACGGCGAGAGCUUUAAGCGUUAUCAUAUGAAAGGAGCUGUCAGCUAUCCUGCUCCAACUCUCACGAGGACGUUGAAUCCAUUCUCCAUGCAGAUCCUGAAUUAUGUCAAUAAGGAUCCAGACAAGAUUAUUAUCAUCUAUGAUGAUGAUGAGCGAAUAGCUGUGAAUGCAGGGAAUCUCUUUUUUGAGAAAGGUGUAGACAACAUCCAUAUGUUGAGUGGAGGUGAGGUGUAGCUACCCAACUAACCCCCCCUGCAUGAACCACCUUGAACAAACUUGAAAACACAGU